UCCCUGCUCCCUCCCAAAGCCAACAAGCAGUUCCAUUGGCUUAUACAUGUAUCAUUGUUCAAAACCUAUUUCCGUGUUAUUCAUAUUUGCAGUAGAGCGAUCUUUUAACAUCAAAACCCUAAUCACAUUCCUAUUGCACUAUGUCGUCGAUCACAUAUUUUUCUAAUGCAUUUCUGUUUCCACGGUUCUUUCCCUGGAUGUGGAUAGCGUUCUUUCUCCUAAGUUCCUCUGGAUUGUCCUGGAUCAUUGCAUUGCUACUAGUAGAGAAGUCCAUUACAUUAGAUUGUGCCACAGUGUAUCGGUCUCUGUGUACAAUGUUCUCCUGCUUCUGCUUCUCUCACUCUGCAUCAAUUCCUGGAGUUCUUUCCAGUUCACUCAGCAAUCCUCUAGUUCACCAUUCUUUUCAGCACAAUACAAUUGAAUUAACUUACAAGAGAUUCAUUGUAGCUCCAAUUGAAACAAAAACUUGGAGUGGGGUACAAUCUCUUAAGUUAGUAGUGGGACAUAUUUGUUUUCUAUACACAUUCAAAUUUCUGGGGCUUCAAUUAUUAUUUUACUUUGAUUAGAUUAUAAUAAUUUGCUUUGAAAGGAAAAGGCAGGGAAAGGAUUAUAACACAGUUUGACUUCAGGUAAGAGUCAGGGUUAUUAAUCAGUCAUGUCUUUCCCUUUGAAUGGUGGAUAUAGUUCAAUGAUCUAUCAGACAACUAUACCUGAAUUCAUAACUCUAAAUUAAUAUUAGCUGGCUUUAGCAUUGCUUUUUUUUUAAUUUAAGAAGAGGAUUGGGUUGGGUGGAUAAUGAGCUUUGUUUUUUGAAUGCAGAAUUUGAGAUGGCUUUUGAGUCACCCUGUUAACACUUGUGUGAAGAGAUACUAAGAAGCAGAUGAUUGAAUAGCAGCUGCUCGGUGAUGUAGCAGAAGGAUGGAAGCAAGAAGGAAGUGAGCCAGAGUCAUUACAGAAACAGAAUGGCAGCAGCAACAAAGUGAGAAAAUCCAGAAAGGAGUCACAACGCAUGUAGCCAGUAGCUGUAGAGUAGAACCUUGAGUCAUAGAAAGAGAAUGAAGAAACAUGGGGCAGGGAAACAUGGAGUGGAGACAUCCCAGAAAAGAAAUGCUUCCUGCCCUCAAAGAACAUAUCCCUGGGGAACAUGAUUUUAAAAGCAUUGAUAUCUAUGUUUCAUUAUAAUUGGUUUCCUUUGUAAUGUUAUCAUGAAUUUCAAAACAUCCUGAGAAGAGAUCAUUAGGCUAUAUUGCCUAGAACAUUCAUAAUACAAAAAAAGUUGAAAACCCCUGAAAUCAGGAUAUAAAAAAUGCUCAUAGAUGUAUCCAUAAGAAAAAAUGAUUAGAGAGCAGUCAUAAAUGAUGAGAUAGAGAAGACUUCACAGAGAAGGCAGCCUCUUAACUGAGCCUUGAAGUAAGAUAAGGACUUUAAGAUCCAGAGACAAAAAAGUGGUUGUUCAUUUGAUGAACACUAUAGCAGCUGUGGCUACAGUGUCGCUCUGGGGACCAAUGGAUUUACCUGGGAGCAAAUUAAUACUUGGGAAAAACCAAUGUUGGAUCCUGCUGUGCCCACAGGUUCCUUCAUGAUGGUGAACAGCUCUGGUCGGGCAUCUGGACAAAAAGCUCACUUGCUUUUGCCAACCUUGAAGGAGAAUGAUACACAUUGUGUCGAUUUCCAUUACUACUUAUCUAGCAGAGACCGAUCUAGCCCUGGAUCAUUGAAUGUUUAUGUGAAAGUUAAUGGAGGACCACAGGGCAACCCCAUCUGGAACGUGUCAGGGAUUGUGACAGAAGGCUGGGUGAAGGCGGAGCUGGCAAUCAGCACCUUUUGGCCACAUUUCUAUCAGGUUAUAUUUGAGUCGGUAUCUUUGAAGGGACAUCCUGGCUACAUAGCAGUGGAUGAAGUUCGGGUCCUUGCUCAUCCAUGUAGAAAAGCACCUCAUUUCCUGCGACUUCAAAAUGUUGAAGUGAAUGUGGGACAGAAUGCAACAUUCCAGUGUAUUGCUGGGGGAAAGUGGUCCCAGCAUGAUAAACUGUGGCUCCAGCAAUGGAAUGGGAGAGAUACUGCCCUCAUGGUCACCCGAGUGGUCAACCACAGAAGGUUUUCAGCUACAGUUAGUGUGGCCGACACAUCUCAAAGGAGCAUCAGCAAGUACCGAUGUGUCAUUCGCUCCGAUGGUGGCUCUGGAGUCUCUAAUUAUGCAGAAUUAAUAGUAAAAGAACCUCCCACUCCCAUUGCUCCUCCUGAGUUACUUGCAGUUGGGGCCACCUAUCUGUGGAUUAAACCAAAUGCCAAUUCCAUAAUUGGAGAUGGUCCCAUCAUCUUGAAGGAAGUGGAGUACCGUACAACCACAGGCAACUGGGCUGAGACACACAUCGUCGAUUCCCCCAACUACAAGCUAUGGCACCUGGAUCCUGAUGUGGAAUAUGAAAUCCGAGUGCUGCUCACCCGGCCAGGUGAAGGUGGGACAGGGCCCCCGGGACCCCCGCUGACCACCAGGACCAAAUGUGCAGAUCCUGUGCAUGGUCCCCAAAAUGUGGAGAUUGUGGACAUCCGCUCCAGGCAGCUGACCCUACAGUGGGAACCCUUUGGAUAUGCAGUGACCCGUUGUCACAGCUACAACCUCACUGUCCAGUACCAAUAUGUUUUCAAUCAGCAACAGUAUGAAGCUGAGGAAGUCAUCCAGACAUCAUCCCACUACACCCUGAGGGGCCUCCGCCCAUUCAUGACCAUCCAACUGAGGCUUGUGCUCUCCAACCCAGAGGGAAAGAUGGAAAGUGAGGAGCUUGUGGUGCAGACAGAAGAGGAUGUUCCUGGAGCUAUUCCACUUGAAUCUAUCCAAGGAGGGCCUUUUGAGGAAAAGAUCUAUGUCCAGUGGAAACCUCCCAAUGAGACCAAUGGCCUGAUCACCCUCUAUGAGAUAAACUACAAGGCUGUGGGCUCCCUCGAUCCAAAUGCUGACCUUUCAAGCCAGAGGGGGAAAGUCUUCAAGCUUCGGAAUGAAACCCACCACCUUUUUGUGGGACUGUAUCCAGGGACAACCUAUUCAUUCACUAUCAAGGCCAGCACAUCCAAGGGCUUUGGGCCUCCAAUCACUACACGUAUCGCCACCAAAAUCUCAGCUCCUUCGAUGCCUGAGUAUGACACAGAUUCACCUUUGAAUGAGACAGACACAACCAUUACUGUCAUGCUGAAGCCUGCCCGGUCCCGGGGUGCACCUGUCAGUGUCUAUCAGCUGGUCGUCAAGGAGGAGAGACUUCAGAAGGCUCGAAGGGCUGCAGACAUCAUUGAAUGCUUCUCAGUGCCUGUGAGCUACAAGAAUGCCUCUAGCCUGGAUUCUCUACACUAUUUUGCAGCUGAAUUGAAGCCUAUCAACCUGCCAGUUACACAGCCAUUCACUGUGGGGGACAAUAAAACCUACAAUGGCUAUUGGAAUGCACCUCUCUCACCUUUGAAGAGUUACAGCAUCUACUUCCAGGCUUUGAGCAAAGCCAAUGGAGAAACCAAAAUCAACUGUAUCCGACUGGCAACCAAAGCAGUAAUGGGUAGGCAACAGGUGACCACUGGGACUCCAUUCUACCUCCUGAGCACAGGAGCAUCCACACAGAACUCCAAUGCUGUGGAACCUGAGAAACAGGUGGACAAUACAGUGAAAAUGGCCGGAGUGAUCGCCGGGCUCCUGAUGUUUGUGAUUAUCCUCCUGGGUGCCAUGCUCACCAUCAAGAGGAGAAGAAAUGCAUAUUCCUACUCCUAUUACUUGAAACUAGCCAAGAAACAGAAAGAGACUCAGAGCAGCACUCAGAGGGAGAUGGGGCCGGUGGCAACAAUGGACAAGACCAAUACAAAGCUGAGCACUGCUAGGAAUGAUGAAGGUUUUUCCUCCAGCACUCAGGAUGUGAAUGGAUUCAGCAGUAGCCGUGGGGAGUUGGCCCAGCCUACACUGACCAUCCAGACCCAUCCGUACAGGAGCUGUGAGCCGGUAGAAAUGUCCUAUCCUCGGGACCAGUUCCAACCUGCAAUCCGAGUAGCAGACCUAUUACAGCACAUCACACAGAUGAAGCGGGGUCAAGGCUAUGGGUUCAAGGAGGAGUAUGAGGCAUUACCUGAGGGGCAGACGGCAUCUUGGGACACAGCCAAAGAAGAUGAAAACCGCAAUAAGAAUCGAUAUGGGAACAUCAUCUCCUGUAGGUGCAAAGAUGACCACUCAAGAGUCAGACUGCUUAUGCUGGAUGGAGACCCACACUCAGACUACAUUAACGCCAACUACAUCGAUGGAUACCACCGACCUCGUCAUUACAUUGCUACUCAAGGUCCAAUGCAGGAAACUGUCAAAGACUUUUGGAGGAUGAUUUGGCAGGAGAAUUCAGCCAGUGUCGUGAUGGUGACAAAUCUCGUAGAAGUAGGAAGGGUGAAGUGUGUUAGGUAUUGGCCAGAUGACACAGAAGUUUAUGGAGAUAUUAAGGUCACGUUAAUUGAAACAGAACCACUGGCUGAGUAUGUCAUACGCACGUUUACUGUUCAAAAGAAAGGCUACCAUGAGAUCCGUGAGAUCCGGCUGUUCCACUUCACCAGCUGGCCUGACCACGGGGUUCCGUGCUAUGCCACAGGUCUCCUGGGCUUCGUCCGGCAGGUGAAAUUCCUCAAUCCUCCUGAGGCAGGACCUAUAGUGGUACAUUGCAGUGCUGGUGCAGGGAGAACAGGUUGUUUCAUUGCCAUUGAUAUCAUGCUUGACAUGGCAGAAAACGAAGGAGUGGUGGAUAUAUUCAAUUGUGUGCGAGAGCUCCGAUCCCAAAGGGUCAACCUGGUACAAACAGAGGAGCAGUAUGUAUUUGUCCAUGAUGCCAUCUUGGAGGCCUGCCUUUGUGGCAACACUGCCAUUCCUGUGUGUGAAUUCCGGUCCAUAUACUAUAAUAUCAGCAGACUGGAUCCACAGACCAAUUCCAGCCAAAUAAAAGAUGAAUUUCAGACCCUCAAUAUUGUGACACCCCGUGUCCGGCCAGAAGACUGCAGCAUUGGACUCCUGCCAAGGAAUCAUGACAAGAACCGAAGCAUGGAGGUCCUGCCUCUUGAUCGCUGCCUCCCCUUCCUCAUUUCUGUGGAUGGAGAAUCAAGUAAUUACAUCAAUGCAGCACUAAUGGAUAGCCACAAGCAACCGGCGGCCUUUAUCGUCACUCAGCACCCUCUUCCCAACACUGGAGCUGACUUCUGGAGGCUCGUGUUCGAUUAUAACUGCUCCUCAGUGGUGAUGCUGAAUGAGAUGGAUACCGCCCAGCUCUGCAUGCAAUAUUGGCCAGAGAAGACGUCCUGUUGUUAUGGGCCCAUCCAGGUGGAGUUUGUAUCAGCUGACAUUGACGAGGACAUCAUCAACAGGAUAUUCAGAAUCUGCAAUAUGGCAAGACCACAAGACGGGUAUCGUAUCGUCCAGCACUUGCAAUACAUUGGCUGGCCUGCCUACCGGGACACUCCUCCGUCCAAACGGUCCCUUCUAAAGGUUGUCCGGCGACUGGAGAAGUGGCAGGAACAGUACGAUGGGAGGGAUGGACGAACUGUUGUCCACUGCUUAAAUGGUGGGGGACGAAGUGGAACCUUCUGUGCUAUCUGCAGUGUGUGUGAAAUGAUCCAACAGCAAAAUAUCAUUGAUGUGUUCCACAUAGUGAAAACAUUGCGGAACAACAAAUCCAACAUGGUGGAAACGCUGGAUCAAUAUAAGUUUGUAUACGAAGUCGCACUGGAAUAUUUAAGUUCAUUUUAGCCUAAUGGAACAGGGAACCCUCUGGUUUCUCAAAAGACCCCUUUUCUCUGAAAGGCAGUAACCAGGGAAUAAAGAGUGAGAGACUGGACAGAUCCUGACACAACAGAGAAGACUUGGGGAACCCGCUUUUCUCUGUAGCACUUACUACUUCGUCAAUGGUCUCUUGUUUAUCACAAGAAGCUUAGAGGCCAAACAGGAGAGUCUACUUUCUAAUGGCCCCACAUCUGCAGCACCAUGUUGGAUCUUCCUCACCUGCAACUGGAGCAAUUGGAAUUUCUGACCCCAAAGCUUGCGCUUCUUUUGUUCUUUUCAAGUUUGUGAAUCUCAUGCUACUGUCCUUUGGAAAAGCCAAACCCAAUGGGAGAGGAGAUAUGAAAGGAGGGAGGCAUGUGUGUCCUCUACAACACCCCUUUCCCAUGGGGUUGUUUAUUAAGAGCACAGAUCCCUUAUCACGUGUGAGGAAAAGAGUCAGGUCCCUCAAAGUCAUUGCUCUGCUGUCUUUUCCUUCUGGAUCCCUGGGUACCCUCAAGUCCAAUGACCUAGACUGGCCCACCUGGGCCAAGCCUCCAUGUGCCAUUGCUGCCGCAGUGCCAGACUUCAGUGCACCCUCAGCGCGUCUCACACACACACACACACACACACACACACACACACACACACACACACAUACACACAUACACAACCUGCAUGUGGCCCUGUUCCAUUGCCAUCCCCCAAGCUUUGACCUCAGCUUUCUGUCUUGUUAACAGAACCAGGGCCAAACGCAGAAUACUGUUAAUAUUAUUUUCUGGGCUUUUGUGGUCAACUGGGGGAUGCUCAAAAGCUUGUCAGUCCUUUUGUGUGUGUCCUAGAUUGUGCCUGCCUCUUGUGUCGCCAAUCAGGCAUCUUGACCCCUGAAACUAAAGGGGAUUCCUAAGUGGUGGCCUACUGAGUUUCUAUGAUGAUGCCACUCCUGUGAAGGGGACAGCAAGUUUGAGUUCCUCAGCAGUUUUGCAGAGUAUUUUUCAGCAGUGUACCUGAAAAGAGAACAUUUUUUCAAUGUAAAAAAAAAGUUCAUUUUAGCCUAGUGGUAUGUAUUAGUUUCUCAUCCCAUAAAAAUGGAAAUGUUUGCAAGCAUAUGACUAGAAGUUGUGUUAGCUGACAAUGGGGAAUUUGAAAGGUUGGGUAAUGAAUCCAAAGGAGACUAGAUUCAAAAUGGGACCAGGAGCUAGCUUUGGUGAGUUACUUUGGCUCAAAUUGUGGUUGUGCUUUGUUUCUUUUAAAUCAAAUACUUUUCUAAAUAGCUACUACAAAGAGGAGGAAAGCCAGAGAAGCCCAGGCCUAUAGCCUGCUGCCAUCUUGGUAAAGGCAAUAUGUGGUUAUCAUUGGUCCAUUUGCUUUCUGGCCUGGUAGGGGGGUAGAAGGGAUCAAUUCUGUGCCCCAAGCACAGGGUAGGCAUCUUGAAGAUAUUUUCCUCAACUUUUAUUUUCUAAGUCUCCACAGAUCUGAUAAGAAUGUCAAGAUUCAUUGUUUCCCCCAAACAAAAAGAAUAUAAAUAAUCCCAUAGGCCUAUAAUUUGGAUAUCUUGUAAAUGAAAAGGCAUUUCCCUUUUCCUUCCUGGUACCGCUCCCCUGGCUGAUUCUCAAUUUCACACUUUUCUAGUUCAGUGCCCUCCUGGCUCCUGGAGAAGUAGUGUGCUAUUUGUGUAAUAAUUCCUACACCUUCCCAAUUCUCUAGCUAGGGAGAGAUUUCCUGGUCAGAGCUUCAAGCACCUUCCUUGGUAUGUCUGUCUGAUAAAGCACAAUAAUAAGGUGGUAACAGGGGUACUGGGAUGCCCUUGUUUCUCAGGGUGCCAGUUUGACCAUGCUUCCCUUCUUGGCUUAUCUCCCGCCCCCCAAAGGCCUCCACAUUCCCACUCCUGCCUCCUGAAAUUUAGACUUUCUUUCCUAGGGUUACAAGACUUGUGCUCUGGAAGGGGGAUAAGGCUUACAAUUAAUCAAUAAACAUUGAUUAAGCACUUAC